AUGAUAGCGUCGCCUUACAAACUCAGAAGAAGCCCAAAAAACGAACACCUAACCAGCUGCGUCAGCUCAUUCGUCGACUAUGAAGACUGCAUCGUUGGCUUCAUGGAUGACCUUCAACUUGUCCAUUGCGGCCAUGACAAGAAGUGUUUGGGGUGCGGGGAAGAGCUAGCCCACAUGACACUAAGGGGUGUGUUGAAGGGUUCAGUGGGUGUGAUCGGAGAGAGUAGGCUGGCGAUGACUGAGAAGGUGGUGUUAUUGGGAAGUAUGGUUUGGGUUGUGAAAAGGUUUAGGCAAGUGAACUCCGGAAGGUGUGAGUUUGGGAAGAAAAUCGAGCACUUGGCUAGGGUGAGUCAGAAGUACGAGUAUCUUGUGCCCGUUGCUGCAUAUUUAUAUGCUAAGAGGAUCAAGUUUGUUCUCUACCAUCAGAAACCCAUGGGAAGCCUCGCCGACUUGCUGGCCGAACCAGAACCGACAGCCGAGUCUGGUCACUUGGCUCGCCGUCGCUCACAGAGUCAUCGAGUUAGAGUUCGUCAUCGUCUUCCUCCUCUCUGUCUAACCCCUAAUUCAGUUUAA